AUGGAGAGGAAGUCGGCAGCUACAGGGUUCUUGCGACAAGAUAUGCAGGAACUGAACUCCAACUUGGCAGCUUUCCCUUCCUCUCCAAACAUGGCAGCUACAGUAUCGCGUGCUCAUGUGAUGGCAAUGCAGAUCGACGAGAACGUGCUAUGGGAGAUCAUCAACCGCCACUUGCUCAGGUGGGGAGCGCUUCGAGCGCAUCUGCAAGCAGACCGGUUUGGCGAUGAUAGGUGCCUCUCCUGA